AUGGGAACUGAAACUGCAGUAAUAAUUCAGAAAAUUCCAUUAAGUCAGACUGGGGCCAGAGAUAGAUUAAUAUGGUUGGGUUCUAAGAAUGGAAGCUAUUCAGUGAAGAGUGGUUAUCAUUUUCUGAAAAAUAUGCAAGACAAUUCUCAAGGACAGUCAUCGAAUGAAAUGCAAUUACAAGAAAGAUGGACAUGCUGUUGGCAAUUCAAAAUUCCACAGGCUGCCAAAGUUUUCAUGUGGAGAGUAUGCUUAGAGGCAUUACCUACAAGAGUGAACUUACAUAAGAGGAAAAUUCUAAAGUCACCUAUGUGCCCGAUCUGUUUAAGUGAGGAAGAAACUGUAGAGCAUGCUUUAUGGAGCUGUAAAUCUGCAAUGGAUGUUUGGAGUCAAGGACCAAUUGCAAUACAUAAAAGUUCAGACAGAGCAGAAAAAUUUAAAGAUAUAUUUGAGAAACUAGGUGCAAAAUGUGAGCAGCAAGCUAUGGAAUUCUUCACCAUUACUGCAAGGAAUAUUUGGCAUAGAAGAAACAGGUUGAUAUUCGAGGGUUUCUUGAAGAUCAAUUGGAAUGCUGCAAUCUGUGAAGAGAAUGGUAUAAUUGGAUUGGGUUUAAUAGCCCGAGACCAAGGAGGACAUGUGGUAGGCACAAAGAAAAUAACACAAGCUGGUUUUAAUGAUCCCCUUUUGGCAGAAGCAAUAGGAGCAUAUCAAGCAGGAGCAUAUCAAGCAGUUAAAAUGGCUAUGGAAAUGGGCAAUGUUUGUGUUUUAUUUGAAGGGGACUCAUCCCAGGUUGUUAAAGGUAUCUAUUCUCAAGUAGAAAGAUGGGAUAGAGUGGGAAUGAUUAUCACUGAUAUUAGAUUGCAGCUAACGUUUUUCACUAGUUGGAAGUUUCUGUUUAUUAGGAGAAGUGGAAACACUCUAGCUCAUAACUUAGCAAAAUCCUCUCUUAAUGAGGAAUCAGUUGUAACGGCUUUAUUGCUAGAAUCUAGUCAUGUAAACUCUGAUGUUUAA